AUGCAGCUCUUCGGCCCCCCGCGAGCCCCGCCUCUGCGCCAGCAGCAAUCCCGGGAUCUGGGUCCCCGCGACGCCCCGUGCCUUGCAGCGCCCGGCUUUCGCCCAGGAGCGCGCAGCUGGGGUGCUGGAAAUACGGUGGUGAGCAACACACCUCCUGUGUUCCCGCUGAUCCUGCCAGCCCAGUGGAUGGAGCCCAGAAUCCUCAAACCUGUCAGGCUCAUAAGGGGUGUGGCGGCGGCGGCCCCCCGAAGGCGGCGGGGGCCAGGUAGACGACACUGCUCCACCCCUCCAGCGCAAGCCUAGGCGGCCGACUGGCUUGCAAGCAUGCCCUUCCAGAAGCACGUCUACUACCCUCUGGCCAACAGCCCCGAGGGGCCCGACGCCUCGGCCGCAGGCGCGGCCCCCAUGGCCUUUGUCCCCCCCAGUGCGGCCUCGGGCCCCCUCCCCUUCUUCCAGUUCCGACCGCGACUGGAGAGCGUGGACUGGAGGCGGCUGAGCGCCAUCGACGUGGACAAGGUUGCGGGCGCCGUGGACGUCCUGACGCUGCAGGAGAAUAUCAUGAACAUCACCUUCUGCAAGCUGGAGGAUGAGAAGUGCCCGCACUGCCAGUCUGGGGUAGACCCAGUGCUGCUGAAGCUGAUCCGCCUGGCGCAGCUCACCAUCGAGUACCUGAUGCAUUCGCAGGAGUUCCUCACCUCGCAGCUGAACCUGGUGGAGGAGAGGCUGCGCCUGAGCCUGAUCGACUAUGAGCAAAGCAAGCAGCUGCUCACCAAGCAGGCUGGGGAGAUCAAGCUGCUUAAGGAGGAGUGUAAACGCAGGAAGAAGAUGCUGUCCACGCAGCAGUUGAUGAUAGAGGCCAAAGCCAGCUACUACCAGUGCCAUUUUUGUGACAAGGCCUUUAUGAACCAAGCUUUCCUACAAAGCCACAUUCAACGCCGCCACACCGCAGAGUCUCACCUUGAGUACAAUACAAAGGCCCAGACUGACAGGCUGCAGAAGGAGGUGGACAUGCUGAAGGAACAGCUGCAGCACACCCGGUCUCAGCUGGAGUCUGCCCAACACUCUCAUGCAGUCCGCGUCUCCAAGGAAUAUGAAAUGCAGAAAACAAAAGAAGAAGACUUUCUGAAGCUGUUUGAAAGGUGGAAAGAGGAAGAAAAGGAGAAGCUACUCAACGAAAUGGAAAAGGUCAAGGAGAUGUUUAUGAAGGAAUUUAAAGAGUUAACGUCUAAGAAUUCAGCAUUAGAAUAUCAACUGUUAGAAAUACAGAAGGCCAAUAUCCAGGUGAAGUCCAACAUAGGCACCUUAAGAGAUGCUAAUGUCUGUAAGGAAGAGCAUCUUCCAUAUCCCCAGGAUUUCCAGAACAUGCUGCAGCUCCUUGACAGCCAGGCGAGCAAGUGGUCAGAUCGAUUUCAAUUUCUCAAUGAAGAGCACAGCAAGGAGAAAGGACAGCUCCUGUCACACUUAGAGAAGCUUCAGAACUCAAUGGUGAAGGAUCUAAGUGAAGAUAAUGUUUUCUACAAGAGGCAGGUAGAAGAGCUAGGCCAGAAAGUGAUGGAGCAGAACGAGGUGAUCAUCAGCCAGAGGCAGCAGAUUAGAGAAUUUGCCAGUAAACCAUACAACAACGCUAGUGAUCUAAAAGGGAAUCCUCUGACCCGACAAACAUUGGAAUCUAAACCAGCUGGCCCCACAGCACCCAUGAAUGCCUCAGCCACACAGCCUCUGGAUGGUACAUCCAGCCUGACCGUGGUACACGAGCAGGCGUUCCCAUCGCAUGUCCUAGAGCCAAUAGAGGAACUUUCUUCAGAGGAAGAAAAAGGACGAGAAAAUGAACAGAAAUUAAACAAGAAGCCGUAUCUAAGGAAAACUUCAAAGAUCAGCAACUCUCCUAAGGAGCUAAGGAGGAACUUGGAGAAGGAGCUGGGCAAAAAACUGCAAAGCUUCGGGAUUAAAGCGGAUAUACACGGUAUUCCAUGUGAGAUCUUGAAUAGAUCGCUUAAAGCCAUGCAGGUGGCCAGACAUGAUCUAGCAAGACAAAUGCCUGAUAUUCAGCAAAUCCGAGAAUCCCUUGAACAUCAGCUGAUCUGUAAAAUCGAGGAAAAAGUGUCAGUGCCUUCAGAUGGGCACAGAGCCCCUCCCAUGACCACCUUUCCAGCUGAAGAAGUACCCAAAGCAACCCAGCUCCCCACAAAAAGUAGACCGCUGGUCAGACAGAGAACCGUGUUCACCGAUAACGUGGCUGCCCCAAAACUUAAGAAAAAUACCAAAGAAAAUAAUUUUCUCAGAAAGUUUUCAUCUAGCAGGACGCCUCCCUUCAGCUCAGAAGAGGAGCUGGACGAAGAGGACUUCAUCCAGGCGUACAUGUCCCCAGAGCUACGCAGCACACAGCCACCUAAAAGCACCCUGAGUCACUUUGGAAAGAGCUCCGUCAAAAGUGACACGGACUGGACAGAGGGAAGGGAAGGGGAGGACUCAGACGCGUCUCCAAAGCCUAUGGGAACCUCUAUUCAGAUACAAACUGAAACUGUUGAGAACAAGGUUUUACACCAAGGAAAUGGGAAUAAACUAGUUCCUGGAGUGAAUAUUGGUGAAACACUUAUCAAAAAGGAGGAAUUUCAAGAAAUAAAGUGUGCAGAUGUCAGUGAUGAUGACUGGGACAUCUCAUCCUUGGAGGAAGAAAAAUCUUUGGGGAAAAAAACAGAACAGAGGGAGCCUCCACCUGCGAAGAGAGAUCUCAGUUCCAGUCAGGUGCCCAGGGCCUGGGGCCCAGCGAACCCUCGGGAAUUCAAGGAGGAAGGACUUCCAGAAAAUGAACCAAGCACACUGAAAGGCAGCUUAGUAACUGUGACUGACUAGAGUGACGUCAUGACGUCUAACUGCAAGUCCACACGUCAGAAAACCAUUCGAGAAGCCAGCGGCAUUGCAGUCAACAACCUAUACGAUUCUAACGUCCCUUUGUGUUUCCCACAGUGA